GCGGUUAACACUUGACAGCGCUCAAAUGCCGUGCGACAGUCGCCGCGUCAAGUUGUAAUUGCCGCAACACGGAUAACAGUAGUGUAGUAGUAUAUCUUGCUCUUCACACGAACUGAAUAAAAUAAGCCCACCCGAACAGCGAGCCCCAACACCGAGUGCCAAAACAAUAUUUCGAAAUAUUCGGUUAAACGUAGCUGGAACUUUGCCUAGUGCACAACGCAACGAACAUCCUGGCCGCGUUCCGUGUGUGUGAUAUCAUAUUAUCCCAGGCCCCAAAAGGGGGUGAAAUGCAAAUGUGUCUUGUUUGUAAUAAAUAAUUAUAAAAGUUGAAGGAAAGGAGUCAGACCCCCCGGAAUCCAUCACAAACCGAAUUUGAAACAACCUAAACGGACCAUCAGCAUUAUGGCCGAUCGUUUUCAGAUCUCAAAGGUAAACGGCACUGCCAAUGCCGGCUAUGAUGGAGAGACUGCACCAGCUCCUGGCGAUCAAACGGACGCUGGUCUUCAAGAUAAUCAUCUACAGGCCAAGGUCGCAGGAGAGAACGGGGACAACCGUCGCAGUUCCCGGCUAUCCUUCAGAGGAUUUGGGCACUUCUUGAGGAAGUCCGACGCGGAGAGAAAGUUCAGUCUGGCACAGCUUACAAAGGAGACACUGCCGCGUCUGGACAAUUAUCGCAUUUCUAUGCGCAAUCUGAAGCGUCCUUCCAUCGGAGAACUUCAGGGAGAACUGCAAGACCAGAGCAUUACCAUACCCGAACCGGAACCGGAACAGGUUGGCGGUCACAUCAAGCUCGGCUGGAUCGUGGGCGUACUCAUACCAUGUCUGCUGAACAUCUGGGGCGUGAUGCUCUUCCUGCGCCUCAGUUGGGUGGUGGCCGAGUCUGGCAUCUUGCAGACAUUGAUUAUAAUUACGAUCUCGGCGGUGGUCUGCGUUAUAACGACCCUCUCACUGUCGGCCAUUAGCACCAACGGCGAGGUCAAGGGUGGUGGCGUCUACUUCAUUAUAUCCCGCUCCCUCGGACCCGAGUUUGGCGCAUCCGUGGGCGUGGUGUUUGCAUUCGCCAAUGCCGUCUCGGCCUCCAUGAACACCAUUGGUUUCUGCGAAUCGCUGAAUGUUCUAUUGAAGAACAACGGUCUGAAGAUCGUCGACAAUGGCAUCAAUGAUAUACGAAUUGUCGGAGCCGUCACCAUUCUGGUGCUCAUUCUGAUCUGCUGCGUGGGCAUGGAAUGGGAGACAAAGGCCCAAAACUUCCUAAUCGUCACGAUUGUCUUGGCCAUUUUCAAUUUUGUGAUUGGUGCCGCCAUCGGUCCACAGGGCAAUGAGGAUCUGAUAUCCAAGGGUUUUGUAGGAUUUUCCUGGUCCACCUUCAAGGAGAACUUUGGAUCGGAAUAUCGCUAUGCGGAGGGCGUGAAUCACAACUUCUUCAGCGUGUUUGCCAUCUUCUUUCCCAGCGUGACGGGCAUCCAGGCGGGAGCUAAUAUUUGCGGAGAUCUAAAGGAAGCUGGCGCGGCCAUACCCAAGGGCACCUUCUGGGCACUGCUCAUCUCGAUGACGUCUUAUGCCCUCUUCGUGCUCUUCGCCGGUGGUGCUGCUGUGCGAGAUGCCUCUGGAUUUCCCGGUGACCUGGUCAACGGCAGCGUCAUUUCCUCGGAGCUACCGUGCAUGGCCACUGGCAACUGCACCUGGGGUCUCUUCAACUCAUACGAAAUGAUGCAGACAAUGUCCCUGUGGGGUCCCCUGAUCUAUGCCGGAUGCUUUGCGGCCACUCUCAGCACAGCGCUGACCAAUCUGCUGUCUGUGCCCCGCUUGGUGCAGGCCCUGGGCAUUGAUGAGAUCUAUCCGGGACUGAUCUUCUUCUCCAAGCCAUACGGCAAGCAUGGCGAGCCCUAUCGCGGCUAUGUGCUGACAUUCUUCAUCUCCGCUGGCUUCCUGCUGAUCGGAGAGCUCAAUCUGAUUGCGCCGCUCAUCUCCACCUUCUACCUGGCCUCCUAUGCCCUGAUCAACUUCUGCACAUUCCAUGCGGCCUUCGUCAAGCCCCUGGGCUGGCGGCCCACUUUCAAGUACUACAACGCGUGGAUCAGUCUCUUCGGUUUUGCAAUGUGUGUGGUCAUUAUGUUCCUCAUCAACUAUGUGGCUGCCAUCAUCACUUUUGGCAUCAUCUUUGCUCUCUAUCUGGUGGUGAUGUACCGCAAGCCGGAGGCCAAUUGGGGUUCCACCACGCAGGCGCAGCAGUACAAGGCCGCCCUCAUGGCCGUGCAUCGUCUGCAGAAUGUCUCCGAUCAUGUGAAGAACUAUCAUCCCCAGGUCCUGGUGUUGUCGGGAGAUCCCAAGACUAGGCCGCCCCUAGUGGACUUUGGCUAUCUGCUGACCAAGAACAACUCUCUGAUGUUUGUGGCCAAUAUCAUUCCGGUGCGAGUGGGCUACAAGAAUCGCCAGAAUCUGGUGAAGGAUGGCCAAAAGUAUUUGGAUGCGCGCAAGAUCAAGGCCUUCUACAAUGUCAUUGAUGGCUUUAGCCUCGAGGAUGGCAUCAAUGCGCUGACCAAGUCCACAGGCUUUGGCAAGAUGUCGCCCAAUAUUGUGCUGGUGGGCUACAAGCCCGAUUGGAAUCGCUGUCGCAAGGAGGAGGUCGAGAGCUACUUUGCCAUUCUAUACAAUGCUUUCUCGCAGCGAAUGGGCGUGGCUCUGCUCCGACUGCCCAACGGUUUGGAUUUCUCGGAGCUGAGUUCGGAGGUUAAUCUGCCGCCGAAUGGCAUGGGACAUAUGCACACGGCUAAUGCUCAGGGCUUCACCAACGAACUGAUGCCCGCGGCCAAUGCCGCCUCUGAGCUGCUGCACAUUGACUCCAAUCUGAAUCUGGCCGGCAUGGACAGCCCCAACACCUCGUACACGAUGCCUCAGCCGCCACCCAUGCCCAAUAUGCAGCGCAGCUCCCGCAGCUACAAGGUGAACAACCAGGACGAUGCGGCCGUGACGUAUCACACCAAGGGAGGUUCGGACAUUCCACAGAACCUGCUGGAUGCGAUGACCAUCUUCACGCGCAAGCAGGCCAAGGGCACCAUCGAUGUCUUCUGGCUCUACGAUGAUGGAGGUCUCACCAUUCUGCUGCCGUACAUCAUCUCCAUGCGCUCCCACUGGCAGAACUGCAAGCUGAGGGUAUUUACCAUGUGCCAUGGCAAGGACGAAGAGCAGGAGGAGAAGAGCAUGGCCAGCCUGUUGACCAAGUUCCGCAUCAAGUUCUCAGAGCUGAUCAUGCUGAAGGGCGUGUCCGAGCAGCCGCGCACGGAAACAGUGCUCAAGCAUCAGCGCCUCAUCGAGCCCUUCCGUAGGGGUGCACGCAACGAGUACGGCAUCACGGAUGAGGAGCUUCAGAGUAUGUCCGAGAAGACCAAUCGUCAGCUGCGCAUCCAUGAGCUGGUUGUCAAGCAUUCGUCGAAUGCCUCCCUGGUGGUCAUGUCCCUGCCUAUGCCCCGAAAGGAGGCAAUCUCUGCGCCGCUGUACAUGUCGUGGCUGGAGAUGCUCACCUCGGAUAUGAAAUGUCCAGUGGCUCUGGCCCGUGGCAAUCAGACACCAGUGCUGACGCUCUACUCCUAGGCUAAUUCGCGCGACGCUUCCAGUUCCGAGUACAACUUAGUAUUAUUAGCGUUUAGGCGUUCCCCCAUGUAGUUCCACACGUAGACAAGAGCACACAGAACAGGCUCUGAAUACUCUACUCAAGUACUUUUUAUAUGAAGCGAACACCCUAAACACCCUUGACGAUAGUCCCUAGUGAAAACGGUGUGAAAUAUACAUUUAUAUGUCUCUGUUUCACACAACGUAGCUUUAAGUUAAUUACGAACUAUUCAGAGUAAAUCAGAAAAC